AUCUAGAUUUUCGAUAACGCGCUGUCCCAAAAGUGUUAUAAAUGGCGUUUCCCCGAAAUUUUACGCAUACCGGCUUUACGCCUGCUACGCUUUAGACCUACUGAGAGCAGCAAAAUAAGAUUAUUUACUAAAGUUAUCAACAACUUCGUUGUUAUUAUUGUUUGUUAAGCAAAUAGUUGAAACAGUUGUGGCUAAAAACAGAAAUAAGUGUUAGCAUAUAAGAUUAGUUAACACAAAGCAACAACAUGACAAACCAAUUGCUCUUCCUGUGCACCAUAACCACCACGACCGCCAUAAUUUACAGCGUCAAUGCGGCCUUCUUCGUGAUCUUCGCUGCAGCGGUCUAUUGGAUAUAUAGCACUUGGCGGCUGAAUAGUCCACCCAGCAAAUGGCGACGCAUAGGCGUGGUGGAACGCAUGAAUAUCUAUCCAUUGAAAUCCGCGGCGCCGCUCGAAUUAAAUCCGGAAGAUGAAGUCACCUGCGAUCUGCUGGGAUUGCGUUUCAAUGCCGCGCACGAUCGCUCACUAAUGCUGGUGGGUGAUCAAAACCAAAUGAUCUCCGGUCGACAAUAUCCCAAAUUGGUUUUGGUGCAUACCAAAAUGUUAUCACCAACGCGUGUACUCUUCACCGCACCCGAUAUGGAAGAUCUCGAAUUGGACUAUUCGCAUUUGCUGGAGCAAUCACAGGGCCGCGGUGUGUACACCUCGAUUUUUGGCGCCAAAAUCAAGGGUUUACUCUGCGGUGAGCGCUACGACAAAUGGUUCUCGCAAUUCCUGCUCGGACAGGAAAGUGGCAUGCGUCUGGCAUAUUAUCCGUACCGCAAGCCGGUGCGUGCCAUCAACAUGCGCAUGAUACAUCAACCGCUGGUGACCUGUGAUGAUACGGGCACUUUCAACAACGCCACCAGUUAUAUGCUCAUCAAUUUGGCCUCGGUGAAAGACUUGAACACACGCAUACCACAUCCGGCGCAUCCGUUGCAAUUCCGCGGCAGCUUUCAGCUGCGAAUGGACGAGGAAGUGGCGUAUGCCGAGGAUAAUUGGAAGUGGGUGAAAGUUGGUGAGAAGACCAUCUUCCGCGUGCUCGCUCCGUGUACGCGCUGCAUUUUUCCCACGACAAAUAUCUUCACCGGCGAACGUGACCCAGAUGGCGAACCGCUGAAAACGCUGAACAAGUAUCGGUUGUGGCCUCAUCAAACUGGUCCGUCUCUGGGCAUCCAAAUGGGUUUACGACAGAUUGGUGUGGUGAAAGCUGGAGACGUCAUCUACAUUGAAGACGAAUAGUCAGAGUAUAUACAUGCAAAUGAGUACGUGACCAUUCAGUGGGUUUCCUGCAAAACUUAUCAGCAGCAUAAGUAUAUGUCACUAAUAGACAAGGACUGAUUAAUUUUAAUCAAAAGCUUGUGCAAGUGAUUGUUUAUCAAAUAUGUAGAACAAAAACUUUUUUUAUUCUUAGUUGUUAGAAUGGCUUAAAUAAAAAUGAAGUAUUCA